UUAACUGAGCUCGCACUCGCUCCCCUGAAUGAUCAUCGCAUGAAAUCGAAAAUGGCAUCAUCUUCGUCAUCACCUCCAUUUUCAACACCACCGCCUCGAACUUCUCUUUACCCACGCACAGCUAAAAUUCGCUCCCUGAUGGUCACCAAAACCUGCACCACGAAAGGUCACCCUCCAUCGAGCGCUCCUAUCCAUCUUCCUCUUCGCAGCCCCAACAAGCUCGCUGCUCGCCCCCUCGAACUCCAAACUCCACCCCCACAAACGAAUCCUUCCACAGUUCACCCGCAUCCCGCCUCCGAAAGUUGCAAGACUCCGACCCAGGAGAAGAAAAACAACGCCUCGAGUGCGACCACGGACGUUUUGCGCUUAUUGGAUGGCCUCGGCGUGACUGUUUCACCUGAUAUCUACGUUUCGUUGAUCAAAGAGUGCACGGCAAAUGGUGACUCUGCCGGAGCACUUGAGCUCCAUAAACACAUCAGGCGUAGCGGGUUGAGACCCAGUUUGCAUUUGCUUAACCGGGUCUUGCUAAUGUACGCGGUCUGUGGUUACUUGGUUAGUGCCCGCAAAGUAUUUGAGGGAAUGCUCCAGAGAGACUUCAGUUCUUGGGCUAUCUUGACUGUCAGUCAUGUGGAAGAGGGUGAGUAUGAGGAAGCUAUAGGGCUGUUUUUGAGGAUGCUUUGCUGUAUCAAUGUGAGUGAAAUUCAGCCGUGGAUAGUUGUGUGUAUAUUGAAGGCUUGUGUACGUAGUGCGAAUAAGGAUCUUGGUGAGCAAGUUCAUGGUUGGUUAUUGAAGCAGGGUAGUGGGGGUGAGAAUCCCCUGCCUAGGUCGUUGAUCGAUUUCUAUGGGAAAUUCAAUUGCCCUGAAUGUGCUAACAUUAUCUUUCAGCAAUUGCCUAGCCACAAUUCCGCUAUCUGGACGGCCAAACUUGCGUAUGACUGCAGUGGGCAUCAGUACGAUAUGGUCUUUAGUAACUUCAGGGAAAUUGACAGGGCGGGAAUUCGGAAGAGUAGAUCCAUGUUUUUGAGUGUUCUCAAGGCAUGUGGCAGGGUUAAGGACGACAGAAAAUGUGGUCAGCAGGUUCAUGCUAAAGCCAUUAAGGUUGGAGUGGAGUCGGAUGCGUUCGUGCAGAGUGGGUUGGUUGACAUGUAUGGACAAUUGGGUUUAUUGAGAGACGCAAGGACAGUUUUUGACAUGGUUAGGAACAAGAAGAGCACUGCAUUUUGGAAUGCCAUGAUCAAGGGUUACAUAAAGCAUGGGCUCUCAGUUGAAGCCAUUAAGCUUUUAUAUCAGAUGAAAGAAGCAGGGUUGAUAUUGCGAGAAGAUAUCCUUGAUGAAGUGCGCAUUGCUUCUGGAAGUUGAAUUAUUAAAGGAACUUAAAGGAAAUCUUUUCCUCCUAGUCAGAAAUCGUGGAUUUCUGUAGGGGAAAUUUUGUGUCGAUAAGUAUUUGGCAUUACUUAUCACUAGUAGUCUUUUCCAUCUUUAAGGCGGUGUACAAGACAGGUCGAUAGAGCCAAGACAUGGGUUAGCUUGUUGAUUUUGCUGCUCUUGUGGGUGGUACUGAACUCCGCUACAGAUGAGUUGCAUGAGACGAUCAACGAAUCAUACUGUAUGUAGACUCAACUAUGCAGCAGAAGGAGGUUGCCUUGCUCUUAUCAAGUGGUCCAGUGAACCUGCAAGUUUUUUGUCUUUUGGGUAAAAAUGCAGCUGUAUUAAAGUUGGAGCUUUUGAGACCAUAUCUUUUUGCCUUUCUUCAGGAAACACUUUACUAUCUCUUCCCCAGUUUCGUGUAGCUUGUUUUGGUGGUUCUAGCAUAUAGCUGGACUUUGCCAGAAUUACAGUUCAGAAUUUACGAGAAUCCUAUGAAUUCUGAAACUGCAACCGAGUCGGCCUCAAAGCUCUGCAAAUAAUUCAUCAACUCAAUCAAAGUACUUCUGGAAGCCCAUUGUAGAACUUGUCGAGUCAAAUAUGCCCGAAGAUGGGCAGUUACACAUACAAGCAGUUUCCCUACCAUGGAUUGGGGUACAAACUAUGAAAUAUCCCAGUCUGAUAAAUCUAUCUUAAAAUCUGUCUACAUAGAAUUCUCAGUUCUGAGGCUGUCUCAGUUAACAUUUAGAUUUGUUUCCAGAGUGGGAUACUGGGUGGCAUGACCCUAGCAUGGUUAAUUCUCGAUGAUUAGAUGGUAAUUCUUAUUGGAUUGUCUGAGCAGCAUACUCAUGUGUUUUGACUUUGUUCUAGAUCUUCUAUGGAGUAUCGGACGCUCUCAGAGAGUACACGAAACCAACAAUUUCUUGUUACUGGAAUGUGUACACCCUGUUUGUCUAGAAAGAAAAAAACAAGAAUCCAACAGCCGACACUAAGAGGAAUAGUCCAAAUAAACCGGAAGAACUAAGUCACGGUAGAUAUGAGCAACUUUCCUGUUUAUUGGCCUUGUGAAUAGAGAUAGAAUAAUACGAUAUUUUAAAUGCUAUAGGAAUUACGCUUUCAGCUG